AUGUAAUAUCCUAAUUUGAGGGCUUUACUGCUAGCAACUUAGCUCUUAGGCUUUGUGAAUCAUAUUAGUGCAGCUGAUAGUAAAGCUUUGACUGUUAGUUUAGGCAACUCGUAACUCACUAUGGAAAUGAGUGGUUAAAGUGAGAUUAUCUUCACUGCAGAAGUUCCUAUGAAAACUUGGUUUGGCAUAAGUUUUGGAGGUGGAAUGGAAGGAAAGAAUCUCAUGAUCUUCCAAUCAUUUGACGAUGAAAAUGAGCCAGUUGUCUAAAGUUUUUACUCAACUGAAACUUGGACUCCAUACGAUAAAGAACCUUAGUUCAUAUUGAAUAGCAAAGUAACUAAAAAUGACAAGACUAGCACAAUAUCAUUUACAAGAAAGUUAGCACCUGAUGAUCCUAAUGGAAAAACAAUAUAGAUAAAGCAGGGUACUGAAAUAAAGAUGUCGUUCGCUUCAAAUUCUAAUACAAGAGAAUAUGAUGGGAAAAAGCAUAAUAAAGCUGGUGACUGGUCAUUUACGGUACUUGAUGAUGGAACUAUCUUAUAUGGAGGAUAUUUAAAGGUAUUCUGGAAAGUUAACAAAGUGGUUCACAUUAUAUCUGGUACAUCCAUUCUGAUCAUUACAAUGACGAUGGGACUUUUGGCAAUAAAAAAAUCUGGCUGGAUAAUUGAAAUCGGGUGGCAUCAUAUUAUGGGAUUCAUCACCCUUCUUGCUGUAGAUGGAACACUGGCUUUGUACUUAAGAUGA